ACCACAACACACAAUAGUUUUUUCUCACUUCAUACUAUUAUUUCUUAAUCUAUACUAUUUACAAAUGGCUAGUGCGGAUAGUGCAGUUCUUGUUCAUUGGAAUGGCUCUAUGAUCACAAAAGAUAAUGAAAUAGAGUAUUCCAUACCUCCUAAGGUAGUAUUGUUCAUUAGCAAAGGAGAUGAUUUUAACACUCUAUAUGAAGGUGUUCUAAAACACAUAAGAGAAGCGGGGUUUUCUGAAAUACAAUCUAUUUACGGAAAAAUGCCAAAAUUUAAGAAUUCGGUCUACGCUGCUUCUAGAGCGUGGCCCAUCCACGAUGACCGGUCAUGGAGUAAUUUUUCACGGGUCGCAAUCCAGGAGUACGAGGAAUUGCAAAUUUUCGUGGAUGUUAUAAACAACUCUAUAGCCCCGCCACAAAAUUUGAUCUGCGACGAAGGUCUUGCAAAUACUACCGCUGCGUUUGGUGAUAUCGGGCAGGGUCCAUCAUCAACAUAUGGCCGAAGGAGAAACACAUCCACUUUUCAGGGUUUCCAGUCUCCCGUCACAAACUUAUCUGAGGACUCGGACGAUCCCGACUUUGAACAACAUAGUAGUGAUGUUGAAUCAUCCUCUAGCAGUGAUAACGACGAGGCAGUAGAUAUGACAUGGGCCACUUUGGAGAUAGACGAACCGUAUGUCGAGGCUGUAAAUCGUGAUUCAGAAAUGAUUGCAGUCGGCGUCACAUUCAAAUCUUAUGAUGAAUUAAAAGAAGUUGUGGCCCGAGCAAACAUCCGUCAACACUCAUUUUUUCGGUCAGAUGACAAACGUCCCAGGUCAUGGAAGGCUGUGUGCAUCUACCCUGCGAACAAAUGCUCGUGGCACAUCCAAGCAGGAGCAGACCGGAACUCACAUGUGUGGAAGGUGAAAAAAUAUCAACCCAUCCACACCUGUUUACCCGAUUACUUCCUAGUCGAGGAUGACGGGAUCUUAACAAGCAAGCUCAUAGCAAGUGAGAUAGGUCCUAAAGUGUCGGCGGAUCCGGACUAUAAAAUAAAACUCAUAAUUCUAGACAUUUAUGAGAAAUUCAAGAUCCAUGUUUCAUACAAAAAGGAUUGGUAUGGCCGCUUGAUUGCUUUAGAGCGCAAAUUCGGUAAUUGGGAGGCAUCGUAUAAUCAAGUCCCUAAACUGUUUCAAGCAAUAAGAUAUGCCAAUCCGGGGAGUCUUGUUCAAAUUCAAUCACAACCGAUCGAAACUAAUGAGACGUAUGAAUUCUGUCGAGCGUUCUGGUCAUUCAAAGCUUCUAUUGACGGUUUCUGUCACUGUUUGCCUGUAGUCUCUGUUGACGGAACACACCUGUACGGCAAAUUCAAGGGUGUUCUCCUAGUUGCGGUUACCAUGAACGCUAAUCGUGAGAUUUUCCCUCUCGCAUAUGGUGUUGUGGAGAGUGAGAAUGCCAAUAGUUGGUCCUGGUUUUUGCAAAGCGUAAUGGAAGGUGUGGUGGGACGUGAUCGUCCAGUUUGUAUAAUCUCUGACCGUCAUGCCGGUAUCGAAAGUGCAUUUCGGAAUGUUCCUGAAUUGCUAUUGUCUCAAGUGUCGAAGCGUUAUUGCCUCUGUCACAUUCAGAGCAAUUUCAUGACGAAAUUCAGGAACACAGAAUUGAAAAAGUUGUGCUGGCAAGCCGGUAGCACUCCUAUCCGCAACGAAUUCCACGACUACAUGCAACAAAUAAGAGGCAUCAAUGCGAGUGCCUUUGCAUAUUUGAAUGAAAUUGAUGUGGAAAGGUGGACACUUAGCUAUGAUGAUGGAUGGAGAUACAGCAUACUAACGACAAACCUUUCGGAAAGUUUUAAUCAUAUAUUGAAGGGAUGUCGUACGUUGCCAAUCACCGCACUCAUAAAAGCAACAUUCGAUAAAGUGGUUCAACUCUUUCCGGAUCAACGCAACACUGGAGCUAUGUGGCACCAAGCAGGGUAUUUAUACCCGCAGAACAUAUGGAAAGAGCUUCUAGAGCGUUCGCAGCAAAGGCACCUUAGUACUGUCCUCCCGCACAACCGUAGAGCAGGGAUUUACUCCGUCACCAUACGCAAACACCAACCAGUCACGGUAAACCUUUCGCGGCGGGAAUGUGAUUGUGGAUACUGGAAGCAGAACGGUAUGCCAUGUGUUCACGCAUACGCAAUUUGUCACUUUUUACGGAUUACGGCGGAUCAACUCAUUCCAGAGGUUUACACAUUAAAUGCCUAUAUCCAAACGUAUGCUACGGAUAUUAUGCCAAUCCAGGACCUCAAUGAUUUUCCGGAUAAUCAGUAUAUCAUAUUACCGCCUAAGAAUCGUAGAUCUGUUCAACUUGGUAGGUCGCAACGAACAAGAUUUCAAAAUGAGAUGGAUUUGCGUCCCAGGAGGAGAGGGCAAGAGUAGUGUAUUAGUAAAGUGUGUUUUAGUUUUUAUCAGAUAAAUUAAUCAGAUACAUAUUAUAUGACUGUAUUAGGA